AUGUACCGGGACCCGGAGGCGGCCAGCCCAGGGGCGCCCACCCGCGACGUCCUGCUGGUCUCUGCCAUCAUCACCGUCAGCCUUAGCGUCACCGUCGUCUUCUGCGGCCUCUGCCACUGGUGUCAGCGCAAACUGGGCAAACGCUACAAGAAUUCCCUGGAGACGGUGGGCACACCAGACUCGGGGCGUGGGCGCAGCGAGAAGAAGGCAAUCAAGUUACCCACAGGCGGGAAGGCGGUGAACACAGCCCCAGUGCCGGGCCAGACGCCCCACGAUGAGUCUGAUCGCCGCACUGAGCCACGCUCCUCUGUCUCGGACCUCGUCAACUCCCUCACCAGCGAGAUGCUUAUGCUCUCCCCAGGCUCUGAGGAGGACGAGGCCCAUGAGGGCUGCAGCCGAGAGAACCUGGGCCGGAUCCAGUUCAGCGUUGGCUACAACUUCCAGGAGUCCACGCUCACCGUGAAGAUCAUGAAGGCCCAAGAGCUGCCAGCCAAGGACUUCAGCGGCACCAGCGACCCUUUCGUCAAGAUCUACCUGCUGCCAGACAAGAAACACAAGCUGGAGACCAAGGUGAAGCGCAAGAACUUGAACCCCCACUGGAACGAGACCUUCCUGUUUGAAGGUUUCCCCUACGAGAAGGUGGUGCAAAGAGUCCUGUACCUCCAGGUUCUGGACUAUGACCGCUUCAGCCGCAAUGACCCCAUUGGGGAGGUGUCCAUCCCCCUCAACAAGGUGGACCUGACCCAGAUGCAGACCUUCUGGAAGGAUCUGAAGCCAUGCAGCGAUGGGAGUGGGAGCCGAGGGGAGCUGCUCUUGUCGCUCUGUUACAACCCCUCUGCCAACUCCAUCAUCGUCAACAUCAUCAAAGCCCGGAACCUCAAAGCCAUGGACAUCGGGGGGACAUCAGACCCCUAUGUGAAGGUGUGGCUGAUGUACAAGGACAAGAGGGUGGAAAAGAAGAAGACGGUGACAAUGAAGCGAAACCUGAACCCCAUCUUCAACGAGUCCUUCGCCUUCGAUAUCCCCACGGAGAAGCUGAGGGAGACGACCAUCAUCAUCACCGUCAUGGACAAGGACAAGCUCAGCCGCAACGACGUCAUCGGGAAGAUCUACCUGUCCUGGAAGAGCGGGCCUGGGGAGGUGAAACACUGGAAAGACAUGAUCGCCCGUCCCCGGCAGCCUGUGGCCCAGUGGCACCAGCUGAAGGCCUGAGCGGGGCCAGGAGAGGCCUGGGGGGCCGAGGGCCCGGGUCCCCAUCAUGCCCUCACCACUUUAUGCACAAUGCCCGGCCUGGCUCCCCUGCCGAGGGUUGAGGGGAGGACCCUGAGGCUCGGCCAGAGAAGGGUCCCAGGCCAGGGGUCCCAGGCCUCGGCCCCAUUUCUUGGAAGUACCAACCCCACCCCCACCAGCCCAGCUCGGGGGGGAGGGCCUCGGGGAGCCAUUUUCCUGCUUUGCCCUUGUCCUUCCCGACUUGCUGAUACCGGAGACAAGGUGGGGGAGCUCGAGAGCCAGCCAGUGGGGCGGCAGACCCCUCCAGAGGCCCGCCAGGUGGGCGUGGCCCGCCGUUUUCUUUGAGGCAGUGCCUGGAGUGGGGAGCCCGUGCGCCCCUAUUUGGGCUCCAGAGAGGGGGCGUCGAGGCGUUUGGCCCCGGCCGGGAGAGGCCUGUCCCCAGAGCGGUUUCAGGCGCCGGCUGGGCCCUGAACGCGGAGGAGAGUAUAAAUAGCCCGCUCCGGGUCCUGGAGCCGGAGCCCUAUGUACUUGUGUCCAGUCUACCCAUGUGUGUGU